AACAACAACAUCUCUAAAAAGAUAUACAUUUUCCUUUUGCUAAAUGAGAUUAAUUAGUAUCAUUGGCAGAAGGAAGAAUUAAAUCACAGAAAGCGAAAGAAAGAAAAAUGAGCAAAGAAGCAAAAUCGAAAACGAAGAACGAAGGUACCAAAAUCGGAGGUGGUGGAUUCCGAUCAAAGAUUGAUCAUGUUCUUUAUAGCGGCGAUAAGAAGCAUGUUUUUGCUGGCUUAGUUCUCAUCACUGCCAUUUUUUAUGUUCCUUGGUUUCUUAUGAAUAAAGGAUCAAAACACCAAUCUCAUCAAGAUUACUUGGAAAAAGCUGAUAAAGCAAAGACUCUCAUCCAGUCAAGCUUAGACAUAGUAUCGGUUUUACGCCCAGUUGCUUUUACAUAG